UGCGUCACUUUAUCAAACUCGUCCGCCUGCGCAAUCGAGCGCCGACGAGUCCGACAUGCCACGCCACGCUCGUAUCCUGCUGCUCGGGGCGCUACUCCUUGGCCUCGCCUCCGCCGUCGUGAGCCACGGCGCCCAUGCUCACGCCCACGCCCAUGCCCACGCACAUGCCGCCGACAGCAACGACGGCAAGCGCUGCCCGUCGUGCAACAUGGCGGCCAAGGACAACAACUUUACAUGGUUCACGGAGUUGAACAACGGCCAGAAGAUCUACACGUGUGAUAUGAACACGGGCAACGACUACAAGGAGGGCUCGAGCGCCUUCUCGCACCCCGCGCUUGUCGGCGCCACCUUGCGAGACCUCGCCAACGGUACGAAGACGUGCACCAACACGUGCCCGGAGUGCGACGACGCGUCCACGAGCGUCAAGGAUCCGAUCAGCGGCGAGACCGUCACAUCCAGCGCGUUUGCGUUCAUUUGCUUGAAGCGCGGCCAGAAGAUCUACUUUACGACCGAGGCCAACAAGCAGACGUUUCUCGCCGGCCUUACCGCGUCGCCCUACUUUGGCGUGCGCAAGAUGUCGUGCGGCGGCGCACCGUGCCCGGACCAGUUCCAAGUGCCUGUCGACGCCUUGUCGACGCCGACGACGGCCCCGAGCACGCCCUCGACGACGACGCCAGCCGCAAUCUCGCACGACACGCCGUUCUGCACGGGCGCCUCGGUCAUGUUUUCUGGCUUCCAGACCACAGUCCAUGGCACGUGCGUCAAGCUCUUCUUCCAGCCGUGGGUGCUCAACUCGUCGGUCAAGUACGCGUUUGGCUUCCUCGGCGUCUUUGCGCUGCCGCUGCUGAACGAGUACUUUGUCCGGACGCGCGAGACGCUGCGCCAGACGUUCCGGAAGCGCAAGACGUCGAGCGGCCAGAAGCGACUCCACAAGCUCAUUCUGACGCUGCUCUACAUGAUGCAGAUGACGCUCGCGUACCUCGCAAUGCUCGUCGUCAUGAUCUACGACACGGGCCUCUUUCUCGCACUGAUUCUGGGCUUUGGCGUCGGCUUUCUCUUCUUCAAGGUCGACAAGAAGGCGCCAGUGCCGACGACGACGGACGACGUGGGUGGGAUCGCGGCGCCGUGGCGCUUCACCGACUUUAAGACGCUCACGAUCCUCCAUGCGCCGAGCAUGAUGUGCAUGAAGAACUGCGGCGCGACCGUGACGCAGGCGCUGCAGACUGUCGGCGGCGUCGAUCGCAUUCACAUUGACAUUGCCGACAAGUGCGUCUAUGUCUCUGGCGGCGCCAGCGCCAAGGCCCUUCUCGAAACACUCGAAAACGUCGGGUACGAUGCGACGCUGCUCCACGAGCCCGUCCGGUCGGCGGGCGAGCCGUAG